ACACGCGGGUGGGCGGAGCUAGCUGCAGGGCUAUGGAGCAAGCGGACAAGAAACCGAGGGUGGACAGCGGGAAAGUGGCAAUCAUAGGCAGUGGUCUUAUUGGGCGAUGCUGGGCCACACUGUUCCUGAGAGGAGGGUACUCGGUGAUGCUGUAUGAUGUCAUCAGUGAGCAGUUGGGCGGGGCCAUGUCUGCUGUUGUCGAGAAACUGAGAGUGAUGGAAAAGGAAGGCCUUCUGAGGGAAGGCCAGACAGCAGAGGAACUGGCAAAGAGAGUGACGUCAUCAUCCAGUCUGAAAGAUGCAGUGGAGGGAGCCGUGUAUGUCCAGGUGGGCACAUUAUUCACUGUGUGCUGCGUAUGUAUGUUGAGACAAUGCAAAUUCAAAAUGACGGUGGAGAUUGAAAAUGAAUUAGCAUCUUUCUUGACUUCGGUAGUUUGCAGAACUGUGUGGCAUAAUAUUCCACCGUUUCUAUAUAAGGGAUAGUGAAAGAAUUCUACUGAUGAGGUAGUACUACUGUGUAAGAGCUACGUCAUUACAAGUCCCUUGUGCACACAAACUGCUGUGUCCACUCUGUGUGUAUUAUAGGAGUGUACACCAGAGAAUGUGUCCCUGAAGCAGAAGGUAUUUGGUGAACUGGACUCUCUGGCAGACGAUGACGUCAUUCUCGCCAGCUCCACCUCGUGUAUCAUGCCCUCCGUAUUCACCUCUGACCUCCAGCACAAGGCUCAGUGCAUCGUAGCCCAUCCUAUCAAUCCUCCUCACUACAUACCGCUGGUGGAGGUGGUCCCAUCUCCCUGGACCUCACAGACGGUGGUCUCCUCCACCAUGGACAUCAUGAGGUCUCUGGGACAGUCUCCCAUCAGAGCCAAGAAGGAAGUGAAUGGAUUCAUACUCAACAGACUCCAGUAUGCCCUCAUUAUGGAGGCAUGGAGAUUGGUCGAGGAUGGAAUAGCCUCUCCAGAGGAUGUGGACCAGGCAGUGGUAGAGGGUCUGGGAAUGAGGUACUCCUUCAUGGGAGUCUUUGAGACCAUGCACAUCAACGCUGACGGAAUGGAGGAUUACUGCAAGAGGUAUGGAGCUAACAUCACGGAAGUAUGCAAGAGUCAGACUCCACCCAGAGCCCUCGGUGGAGAUACCCUGGCAACCAUCAAUGAUGCCAUGAUAAAAAAGAUACCUCUGGAGAAGCUAAAGGAGAAGAGAGAGUGGAGAGAGCAGAGACUGGCUGCUCUAGUCAGUCACACUGCAGAGAUGAAGUCACAGGAGAACACCAAUUAGUCAACUCUCUAUGGCGAUACUGCCUGAAUCAUUGUUGAUCAUGAUAAUGAAUUAAUAACACAAGUUUCAAGAGUUAAAAAAGACAAAA